AUGUCCAACCCCCUAGACACCGAUGCUGGCUCUGAGCUCUUCAGCAGCUAUGAGGCCGAGUUCAAGCUCGUCCAGGCAGAUCUGACCCAGAAGCUGGACCAGAUCCCCGAGCUUGCAGGCGAGCCGCGCAAGGCCGCCAUCAGCCAAGCCGAGAGAGCCCUCGAGGAGGCCGACGAGCUGCUGGGACAGAUGCGCCUCGAGAAGCAGAACAUUCCCUCCGCCACACGCACCCGGGUCAACCAGCGAUUCCGCAACUACGAGACCGAUGUCGAUGGAUACAAGCGAAAACUCAGAGGCCUCGCCGAUGACCGCUCGGCCCUCUUCGGCAGCCGCUACUCGGAUAACCCGAGCGAUGUGCAGCUCGAGCAACGGCAGCAGCUGCUGCGAGGCUCAGACCGCCUGGAUCGGAGCACCCAGCGUCUGAAGAACAGUCAGGCCCUUGCGAACGAGACCGAGGCCAUCGGUGCCAGCACCCUCGCGGACCUCCAUCGGCAGAGGGAGACCAUCCAGCACACGUCAGACAUCCUGCUCGAAAGCGAAGGCUAUGUUGAUCGGAGUGUCAAGACUCUGAGGGGCAUGGCACGUAGGUAA